UUUAGUGUAGUUCGUUAUGCAUUGAGCGCGACCGUAACAUUUCUCUGUUCGAUAUAAUUCUGAAAAACGCGAGUUAUAAAUACGGACGGAAUCAUGUGAAAUGGGUCUCCUCCUCUCGGUCCUGGUCGCUUGUGUGGGAGUCUUAGAACUGCUCUACCUCUACAACAUUGUAAGGAAUCGCGUAGGAUACAACAUUUCAACACCAAAUCUUCCAGAGAUUCAGGACGAAAACAUUAGACAGUUAGAGGAUCGAAGGAAUCAACUUAUACUUCAAUUAAACAGACUGAAAGAACAGGUUUCACGUGAAAAAAGAUUUGAAAGACUGUCGAGUCACGAGGAUAUAACCGUUGAGUUUAACGAUCAAGUUGUAACACCUCGUUCUAGAACUCCAUCCCCCAGAAGAUUUCUUCUUACCGAAAAAAAGGAACGUUCGGCAUCCCCUAGACAUUUCUUGGUUUCCGAAGAACCCCAAUGUCUGAGGAAUAUCCAGAAAUCGAAAACGCAACAAUGUGUUCCGGAGUUUUUAAUACGGGAAGACGAGGACCACGCAAAAUCACAAAUUCCCAGAUUUGUUUUGAAAGAUGGGAAUAAUAAGGUGCCUCUGCCUUUACCUGAGAAGUUUUUCAUUUCUGAGGGAUCUGAUGUAGAAGAAAAUACCGUGGUCAAGAGCAAAAACGUUUUUGAAAUCGAUGGGGACUUGUAUUAUCAAAGAUCUCCCUCACCGUUUCCCGAUAUUGAAUUAAAUCAUUCGAAAAAUGGAUCUUGUAACUCAUUCUUGAACGAGUCGUAUAGCGUAGCAGAGGUUGACGAAAAUCGUAGAUCAAAAUCUACUUCUCCAGUAGAAUUUACUAAAUAUCCUAAUGCAGCGGCUGUAAAAAUAACUUUAAACGAUCAUACGACUUUGGAUUCAUCAGAUUUUAAAGAUAGUUUAGAAAAUAACGAUACUGAGGACGUUUUGUCAUCUGAAGGAGAAGAAAGUAACACAGAAUUUUCGAAAUUGGGACAGUUAGAUGACGUAGAUGGAACUAAAGGAUGCAAAAUGAAGAAGAAGUUACUUAAAAGAAAAAGAAUAAAAAAUAAGUUUAACACCAAAGAUUCACUAGGCUCGUCCAAUUCCGAAGAAUCAACUAAUUUUACUCCAGAAUUUGAUGUGUCGAAAAAUGAUUCAAAUAGUGACGUUAAGCCAGGAGAACCUUUUUGGCUUAUUUUUAGUGGGGAGUACACAAAAGCAAUGAACAAGGACUGGCACGGUCAGCAUUUCUGUUGCUGGCAAUGUGAUGAAACCCUGACUGGUCAGCGCUAUGUUCUUCGCGACGAUCACCCUUACUGCGUGUCCUGCUACGAGUCAGUUUUUGCCAAUGCCUGCGAAAAAUGCAGCAGAACCAUUGGCAUCGACUCCAAGGAUCUGUCUUACAAAGAUAAACAUUGGCACGAAGCCUGUUUCUUGUGCACCACUUGCGGGGAAUCGCUGGUAGACAAACAAUUUGGGUCCAAGGGAGAUCGUAUUUAUUGCGGACGUUGUUACGAUGAACAAUUUGCUUCGAGAUGUGAUGGAUGUCAUGAGAUAUUUAGAGCUGGUACGAAGAAAAUGGAGUAUAAGACAAGGCAGUGGCACGAGAAAUGUUUCUGUUGUUGCGUGUGCAAGGUCCCGAUCGGUACCCAGAGCUUCAUCCCGAGGGAACAAGAGAUCUAUUGCGCCAAGUGUUACGAGGACAAGUUCGCUACUAGAUGUAUUAAAUGCAACAAGGUGAUCACCAGUGGCGGCGUGACCUACAAGAACGAGCCCUGGCACCGCGAAUGUUUCACCUGUACCAAUUGUCAGAAGAGUUUGGCAGGUGAACGGUUCACUAGUCGCGACGAGAAGCCCUACUGCGCAGAAUGUUUCGGGGAACUGUUCGCCAAACGCUGUUUCGCCUGCAACAGGCCCAUCACAGGAAUCGGUGGCACCAAGUUUAUCUCCUUCGAGGAUAGACAUUGGCACAACGAUUGCUUCUUUUGUGCCAGUUGCCGCACCAGUCUAGUGGGCCGAGGUUUCAUCACCGACCAAGAAGACAUUAUCUGUCCCGACUGCGCCAAACAGAAACUGAUGUAAAUCACGUCCGCUUCCAGGACCAGUAUUCAAUAUUUAAUGCGAAUAAUCGACUUUGUCUAAAAAUCAACAUAACAAAAAAAUACGAGUUGCCAUUAUUUUGCACUAUAUUACGCAUUAAAUGAAUUCUUUUAAGAAUCUCACACGACACACAUCAAUACACACCGCACAAAUGACAAAAAACAACAACUGAGUUAAAAUUUAAAAUGAAAAAUCAUUAAGAAGAUUAUUAUCAACUUUCUUAGUCUAUUUAAUAAUGAGAUUUCGAGCUUAAAAAAACUUCACGCGUACGUGACUAUUUUUAUUAACUUUAAAAAAAUAAAAGAUAUAUAUCGAAUCAAAGUAUUUUUUAAGAAAUAAAAACAUAUAUUUUACUAUCAAAAACCGCAAUAUAUAAAAUUUUUGAAUAUAUUUUUAAUGUAGUUUUUACAUUGUUAUCGGCUUUAAUAUAUUUCUAAAGCGCUAUUUUAAAUGGAUCCACCUAAAAUUAAGAGAUUAUAUGCCUACUACUUUAAAAUCUCUUUGUUUUGUAUGUAUAACGAGAUGAUUUGUAGAUAUAGAGAUGCUGUAUAGAGCUUGAAGCGUUAAAAAUAAAGGGCGAUAUGGUGCUACUUAGAUUUUUUUAAUUAUUGAUAUGUUACUGAUUAUA